CUGCUCCAUCAUUAAACAGCACAAAUCACGAGAUCAUCUUCAGGCAGCUGCGUCUGGUCGUGUCAUCACUGUGCAGAACCAUGAGUAGGAACUUCUUGUCCAUGGACGAAGAGCUCCAGAAGGGUGACUUCCUGUUAUCCAACAAUGGAGAGUACAAGGCCGUCUUUCAGGAGGACGGGAACUUUGUGGUCUACGGCUGGAAGCCGGUUUGGGCGUCUAACACUGCUGGACGCCCCGACGCCAAAAGGCUGAUCAUGCAGGGAGACUGCAACUGUGUCAUGUACACAGAUGACAAACCCAUGUGGCACACCAACACCCACAAGCCCAACGCCAAAUGUUGCCGCUUGACUCUGAGGAAUGACGGCAGACUGGAUGUGCAGAACGAUGGCAGAGUUGUGUGGAAAUCUACAAAAUGGAGCUAAAUACUUUAACGAAAG